AUGCACAUCCUGAUUGUAGGCUCAGGCAUUGCCGGACCGACACUGGCUUACUGGAUCUCCCAUAAUCUCGAAAACUCCAUCACUGUCCUUGAGAAGUCUCCCUCGCUUUUGCUGUAUGGGCAAAAUGUCGACAUUUCAGGCAGCGCGGUAACAUGCAUAAAAAAGAUGGGUCUGAUGCCGCAAGUCAAGCAUUGCAACACCAAAGAGCUUGGCACUCGGUUUAUCGACUCAUACGGAAAGCCAUUUGCACCUUUCCCAAUCAAAGAAGGAAGCUCAGCGAGUCUAACAUCGGAGUACGAAAUCCUGCGAGGCGAUCUAGCAAAGAUCUUGUACAACGCAACACAGUCCCAUUCCAAUGUGACCUAUCUCUUCAAUACCACAAUCACGGAAGUCCUCCAGAAUGAUUCUUUGAGCGUAAAAGUACUCCUCAGCGACAACACAGUGCGCACGUACGAUCUUCUAGUGGCAGCAGAUGGCCAAUGGUCUAAGACACGCAGUCUGAUCUUCCCGUCCCAACAAGUUACAAUUAGCCAUCAGGGCAUGUACUCUGUGUAUUUUACCGUACCACGACGCGCAACCGAUACGGCAUGGUGGAACAUUUUCGUCGCACAGGGCUCACGUACUAUUUCCACACGUCCUGACCCUCAUGGUACACUUCGUGCGUUGUUCACAUUCAUGCCAACUACCUCCGCCCAAGAAGCCCAGUGGGCCGAAGCAAGUAGGAUGGGAAGAAAGCUACAACAAGAACUUCUUCGCAAAGAGUUUGCAGACGCGGGUUGGAUUUGCGACAGACUUCUUGGCGACGUGGCCGCAGCACCAGACUUCUACUUCCAUGCCAUCAACCAAGUCAAGAUGCAACGGUGGAGUCGCAAUCGUGUGAUCUGUUUGGGAGAUGCGGCAUUUUGUCCCAGUCCGUUGACAGGCAUGGGGACGUCGCUCGCAGUUCUAGGAGCGUAUAUUCUGGCGGGAGAAUUGAGCUGCAUGACUACUUUCUCUUCUUCUGUUUCGACUUCACUUUCAAUGGAUGCUCUUGCGACUGCGCUUGCGAGUUACGAAGCGAAGUUUCGACCGUAUGUUGAGCAGAGUCAAGAAAUUCCACCUUUUGUACCGGGGUUCAUGCAUCCAGAUUCGGCGUGGAAGAGAACGAUAUUGCAUGGAUUCUUGACAAUGGUGUCCAGGGUAGUAAGGUGGGAAUGGGUCGGCCGAUGGUUGGGGGACGCAGAGAGUAGGGAUGAUGGGUUCAAGUUACCAGAGUAUGUGGCGUUUGAAAGCAAAGACAACAAGUAA